GGGCGUCCCCACAGGUGCUUCUGCACGGCUCGUUAGGCCCGGGGUCGGCCAAUAUCCAGCGACGCGGCGGAUGGUCAUGGAGGAUCCAGGGCACUGCGUAGCGCAGCUACGCGACUGCAGCAAUCUCUCCGCCGUAAAGAGAGCGAUACAGAGCGCGGACGAAGCGUGGACGGAAGACUUUAUCGAACACGGCGGACUGACGGCCAUUCUCGACUGCCUCUCCGUACUGGGAGAGACAGAUGUGGACAGUCUCUCAACUGCCGGUACGGGCUGGAGUGCGUCAUACGCCGCGGGGGCAAGGAAGGAAGUAUGGUCGGAAAGAUUGCUCUAGGUGAGGGGAUACGUGGGCGUAAUCUAUCGUAACACAUCCGCAGCAAUAGCAUGCACGGUUUCCUAGGCACUAAAACAUGCGUCAUGCGUGCUUGUGCGAAAUAUUGUUUCAGAAAAAAGUCCCACAUACUAAAGGACCACACCCUAGAAGCAUUGUUGAUUCUCUAAGUCUCUUGUGAUUGUAUGAAUUGGCCCUCAAUUGCACGGUCUUACUGCUUUUCACACCACAUAUUAGUGCAGUACUUGGUACCACAGUGAUUAACUGUGCCUAGCCAAGUAUAAUUAUGCCUAUGGUGCCUCAUGGGAAUAGAGUAAUUUACUGAUGCAUAUUGCUUGCAUGUGGACGAGGGCUGGGGUCAGGUAAAUGCAGGCAAAGCUUCUAUGAAAGUCUUCUACAUUUAAACCUAGCUCUUACUCUCGUUAUGCGUGUGUAGAAUUAUUUGGUUUUACCCGUUGCUCUGGGUGUGCGGUCUAUGGCUCUGGCGUGCUAUAGCUGACGUCUACGUAUUAUUAACACAAGUAGUGCAUCAUUCGGCACUGGAGAGAGAGAGUAAUGUAAAGCUAGUCGCCAUCAGUUCACGUUGUGUAUUCUGCAAAGAAGGGAACUUUUGUAUUUCAAGGGUUUUCUAAUAUUCACGAGUUUCCUUUGCAGAAUUUCAUGCAUUGGGACGUGUGUGUGUUACAAUGUGGUAAUAAGUAGAGUACUACAAGUAUAGAACACAAAAGACACAACGUAUGCACCAAGGAGAGCUUUUCUUUUGGCAAGUUAAGCAAAUCAAUUGUGCUGACUAUCAACUGGAGGUUUGUUAACUUCCGGGCAUCUUCCGUCUUUACCACUUUCUUGUCUGGUGUUGCACACAUGCAUUCCUCCUGAAAUUCACCAUUACCCCAACCCAAUUUGAAGAGAGAUGCAUGUUUAUCUUAACGAGGCAGUUGAAGGCAAGUUGAUUAGGGGGCACCUAGUUAACAUGCUGAGUAAUCAGUCCCAAAACAAGUCCAGUACAUGGUAAGGAUGCUAGUAAAGUUGUGUAUGUUGUGUCCAUGUCAAGGUGUUUAGAGCCACACAACCUAAUGAAGGAAGACUGUGAACCUUCUAGUAGAGAAAUAAGCUUGUGUAUGUGUACAAUUUCACUGCUGCGUCAAUAUGUGGUGAGAGCAAUUUGUGUGACGUGACCUUUCUGGACAAACACGAAACUUAUUCGCAAGGAUUGUCGAGCAUGGCAUGCCAACACCAUAAAUAUGCGGGAAAAUAUUUUUGCAAUUUCUUCCCCCUUUAACACUAUUAUAACAUCAGAAAAUGUAUUCCAUUUUAACAUCAUACUAUAGUGAUGCAAUGCGUCAUCGUAGCAGUUACUAGAGGAAAAGAGUAUGUUGGUAUAUACUACGGCAAAGAAAUGUUUUCUUGCAUGUUUUAAAGUGCAUCAUUCGGCCCGAAUGAGUUGAUGUAUAUACACACACACCUCUGCUACGGAGAGCACUAGAGGAAGAGGCAGCGAGGAAAGCGAGAGAGGUGGAAGAAACAAGUGGGGACCCUUCUUUCUCCUCCUCCUCUAAUAGCACAUCAGCUACUGGUGCAACUACUGACUCCAUUCCCACACCCUCUGUGCCUGGACCAAUGAAGAGGUGUUGGAGGUGAUUCGAAGUGGCAGGUCCUCUGCUGUGACUCUCUGUCAGGCCACCAUUCUCUGGGAGCAAGCCCCCGACGAUAAAGAUGCAAGUUUUCUGGAGCCAUACAUGGACGACAAGUCAAGUCAGACAAAGAUAGGCAGAGUCGAGCAGUUUAUGGUUGGUCUCCUAGCAACCCCAGACCACACCCCAAGACUCAGGGUACUGAGGACGAAGAAAAUCUUUGAAGAUCUGGAGACUGACUACAGACCGACCUUUGAACUCCUCCAUGUGGCCACGAAAGAGCUGAUGAUGUCAAGAUCACUGAAAGAACUGCUUCACAUCAUUCUUCUCACUGGAAACUUCAUCAAUGGAAGCACGAAGCUUGGCUCGGCGUAUGGGUUCAGAAUCAGCUCUCUCCAGAGACUCAGCAAUACUCUGGCCAACGUCAGGAGAACCUCCCUCAACGUCAACUUCCUCCACUUUCUCGUCACCGUGUGUGAGAGAGACUGUCCCAGACUGCUGAAGUUCCACACUGAGCUGCCUCAUCUUGACGACGCCAGCAGAGUGUCAGUGGAGGCAGUGGCAGAGGAACUGGGAGGAUGGAGGAAGGAGGUGGACGAGCUGGAGGAGAUGAAGUCGCAGUCUGGAGAGCUCCAGUUGGGAAAGGAUUUCAUUUCUCAGCUGGAGACAUUUCUUCCAGAAGCUAACUCCAUACUCUCCUCUCUACUGAGAGACUUGGAUUCAGUCAAGAGGAAGGGAAAGGAGUUGGCUCGCUAUUUCUGCGAUGACAGAGACAAUUUCCUGGAGGAAGUGUUUCUGGAGAUCAGAAACUUCUCCGAGGAGUUUGGCAAAACAGUCAAGGAGACUCUGCAAGAGAAUCCGAUUGUUUUGACCCCUGUUGGCCCCGUUUCCCCCGGAAACCCUCCUCACUCUUCCCCCUCCCCUUCCCCCAAGUCACAAUUAUCGCGUCCAGGGCUAUCACGAGCUACAUCACUUGUCACUACACACGUAUUGGACCUCCCCCCGAUUUCAGAAGAACGCGGCUCAUUGCACGACCCGAGCAUUUCUCCACUGGCUUUAUCGUCAUCGGGAAGUGACCUGACUAACCCGUUUGUAUUCCCGUCAAACGGGUUUGUGAAGGAUGAUGGUGGGUCGCCCCCUAUAAUCAUGGUGGCGCCACCAACUGACAUCGUUGUGACAGAUGUUGAAAACGAUGAGGAGAGGGGAGGAGAGGAUGAGAGGUCUUCAAGAACACAACUAAAGCCUGGCAAGAAUCGUUCUUCAUCCCAUGCCACCGAACAUCGUAAGUCCUCUCUUCGCGGGCCCCUGCCGUCUCGAUACAAACGACACAGCGUCAGCUCCAUCGGGCACGCAUCUCUCUCCCCCCUCUCUCGUCAAUCAUCAUGGAACGAGUACAAAGGUCAUUCUCCACCCAUUUACCGCAGGGGGGCAGGCUGGGGGCCUGAUUUUAACCGGAACCCCUCGUGCCCAGAACCCCGCACCAUAUUUGAUGGAAGCCUCGAUGAAGUUGCGAAACUUCUGCACAAAAUGGCUGAGGCAAUUGAGAGGGACAUGGACCAGAACUAACAAUGCACUCCAAACACUCUUUCAGUAUAUACACGAUCCAAUCUCGCUAUUAUACAAGUGGAAAAAUCAAUUCUCAAAAU